CAACUUGCACAAGUGCAUUGUGACAGAUCCCAGGUAUCCUGUAGGAGCAUCCAAUCAAUCAUGAGCUUGUGAGCGGAAUUCUGUAGAGCACAAUGAAUUAGCUUCCAAUGGAAUGUAUUCAUCUGUAACAUCCCACUGUCUAAAUGACACCAAAAUGGCUCCGAGUCCUUGAAAUAUUUUACCGUGAUUAGCUGGAGGAAUUGCCUGUUUGUGUCAAUCACUCUCCCGCGAUGGCUCUUUCUGUAGUUGUAUAGGUGAGAGACGACGGCGGCGGGCAGAUAAGGAAGACGGCAGGAGCAGCAGCUGCAGGGAAUUUCUGUGGUGAUUAAAUACUUCUUGUGUCUUUUUUUCCGCGGCUAUAAUCCGUGUACCCUAGAAAGGAGCUGCAUGAGCAUAAUGGUGAAUAGAGCAGUGAAUCAUUCCAGCUGGCUGCAUCUUAAAGAGCGCUCUGUAUAGAAUGGGAUUGGGCUCUCUUGUUCAGUCACUAGAGCCGCAGCGUUUUAAGGAGUUUCUCCGCGAAAUUGUUCCUGAAAGCGGAGCUCUCGUGCAUCGCUCUCCAGGAGCCACAUUUCAAGGGGAGAUAUCGGGCGACAGGAUAACCCUGGAGCUCUGCCAGCAUGUGUGCGGCACGGCGGUGAGGUUGGCUGAGGUAGUGUAGAAGCAGGUGGCUUUUCCCUUCAGUUGGUAGACCAAAGACUUUUUUCACCUUCUGAGAGAAGAGAUUCUGCUCCGAGUUGAAGGACCUUUCCACAUGUACUGCAAUGGUUACAUGAAAUCCUCAUGAUGACUUUCAGUCCGUAUGUGUGUCUCAGUACGGGGCAGUAAGAGCUGAACUGCCAGGAAAGGAAACUCAACCUUAAACGAGUCGGCUCAAGAGGACAACAUGAAUUUUGUUCUAAAGCUUCGCAGGAAUUUGCGAAGGCUGGUGAUUCUGCUCGCCACGUUCUGCAUGGUGAGCAUCCUGAUAUCGGCCUACUACUUGUACACUGGUUACAAUCAGGAGAUUGAACUCUCGGAGGGUACGCCCGAGAUGGAAUGUGGGGACUUAAAACUCUUACCUUACCGUCUGAUGGAAAUGAAAACCGUCAAACCCAUCGACACAUCCCGGACCGACCCUGUUGUGCUGGUGUUUGUGGAGAGCCAAUACUCCCAGCUCGGACAGGACAUCAUCGCCAUCUUGGAGUCCAGUCAGUUUCAGUAUCAUUCAGAAAUUGCCCCUGGCAAAGGAGAUAUUCCUCCACUCACGAAUAAGGGACGGGGGAGAUACGCGCUCAUCAUCUACGAGAACAUGCUCAAGUAUGUGAACAUGGAUUUGUGGAAUCGAGAUCUUUUGGACAAAUAUUGUGUGGAAUACAGUGUGGGGAUCAUUGGGUUUCACAAAGCCAAUGAGAACAGCUUGCCGAGUGUUAAACUAAAGGGCUUUCCUUUGUACCUUCAUACCAAUUUAGGCCUUAAAGACUGCUGCGUUAAUCCACGUUCUCCUUUGCUCUAUAUCACCAAAGCUUCGGAGGCUGACAGGGGACCACUGCCUGGAGAUGACUGGACAGUGUUUCAGUCCAACCAUUCGACUUACGAGCCUGUGCUUCUUGCCAAGUCAAGGAUUUUAGAAAGUGUCCCGUCAGCCUUAAAUGGACAGUCUCUCCAUGCGACUGUGAUCCAGGAUUUGGGGCUUCAUGAUGGCAUUCAGCGUGUUCUUUUCGGUCACAACCUUAACUACUGGUUGCAUAAGCUUAUCCUGAUAGAUGCCAUCUCCUUCCUGUCUGGCAAGAAACUUUCGUUGUCUUUGGAAAGAUACGUUCUGGUGGACAUCGACGAUAUCUUUGUAGGGAAGGAAGGAACAAGGAUGAAUGUCAAUGACGUUAAGGCUCUCCUUGACACUCAGAAUAUGUUGCGAUCACAGAUUACAAAUUUCACCUUCAACCUGGGCUUUUCCGGAAAGUUCUACCAUACAGGUACUGAAGAUGAAGAUGAAGGUGAUGAUCUACUCCUGAAAUAUGUUGAUGAAUUCUGGUGGUUUCCUCAUAUGUGGAGUCACAUGCAGCCCCAUCUCUUUCACAAUGAGUCCUCUCUUGCUGAACAGAUGAUCCUCAAUAAGGAGUUUGCCUUGGAACAUGGAAUCCCUACUGACAUGGGCUACGCAGUGGCUCCUCACCAUUCUGGUGUAUACCCCGUUCACGUCCAGCUGUAUGAGGCGUGGAAAAAGGUUUGGGAAAUCAAGGUGACAAGCACUGAGGAGUACCCUCAUCUAAAACCUGCAAGAUACAGAAGAGGGUUCAUACACAACAAUAUCAUGGUACUUCCCCGUCAAACCUGCGGCUUGUUCACCCAUACGAUAUUCUACAAGGAGUACCCAGGGGGUCCCAAGGAGCUGGACAAAAGCAUCAAGGGAGGAGAGCUCUUUCUGACAGUUCUGCUCAAUCCGAUCAGCAUCUUUAUGACCCACUUAUCCAACUACGGGAAUGACCGGCUGGGACUUUACACCUUUGUCAAUCUUGCCAACUUUGUUCAGUGCUGGACCAAUCUUAAACUGCAGACUUUGCCUCCUGUUCAGUUAGCCCAGAAGUAUUUCCAGCUCUUUCCUGAGCAGAAGGAUCCGGUUUGGCAGAACCCCUGCGAUGAUAAAAGACACAAGGAUAUUUGGUCCAAAGAGAAGACCUGUGAUCGUUUGCCAAAAUUUCUUGUUGUAGGACCUCAGAAAACUGGCACUACUGCUCUCUAUUUGUUCCUGAUAAUGCAUCCAUCCAUUACAAGUAAUUUUCCGAGCCUAAAGACAUUUGAAGAGGUGCAAUUCUUCAAUGGAAACAACUAUCACAAAGGCAUUGACUGGUACAUGGAUUUUUUUCCCGUCCCUUCAAAUAUAACCACCGACUUUCUAUUUGAGAAGAGCGCUAACUACUUUUCUGCUGAAGAAGCUCCAAAGCGUGCUGCUGCCCUCAUCCCAAAAUCCAAGAUAAUCACCUUACUCAUCAAUCCUUCUGACAGGGCCUAUUCUUGGUAUCAGCACCAGAGAGCCCAUGAAGAUCAUGCUGCUAUAAAAUACACCUUUUAUGAAGUGAUAACGGCACGACACCAUGCCCCAGCUGAGCUCCGUGCCCUUCAGAAUAAGUGUCUGCUCCCUGGUUGGUAUGCUGUUCAUAUAGAGCGAUGGCUGACCUUCUUUCCUCCAACACAGCUGCUAAUUAUUGAUGGCCAACAACUGAGGAAUGACCCUGCUGCUGUAAUGGAUGAAGUCCAGAAGUUUCUUGGAGUAUCUCCUUAUUACAAUUAUUCUCAGGCAUUAACAUUUGAUCCCCAGAAAGGAUUCUGGUGUCAGCUUCUUGAGGGAGGAAGAACUAAAUGUCUCGGAAAAAGCAAAGGCAGAAAGUAUUCUCCAAUGGAUGCUGAGUCCAGGGAAUUUCUCUCAAGAUACUACAAGGAUCACAACAUCGAACUCUCCAAGCUGCUGCACAGACUAGGACAACCCUUACCUUCAUGGCUAAGAGAGGAGCUACAGAAAGUGAGAUAACAAAGACGAGGAGCUUCAGGAAUGGACUCCGUUUAUCUUUGGACUCACAGACCUUUCUUAUGAACGGCCAAAUAUAAAAGCUGGGUUUUAAAUUGAACUUUUCAGGAAACAAAAUAGAUAGGCUUAAUGCUUCCAUGUGCUGGCAUGUGGUAUUAUCUGUAUGGGACAUUACUGAAACAUAUAUAUAUAAAUAUAUAUAUAUAUAUAUAUAUAAGAAGGAAGUGAAAAUGAACAUAUGAAGUUGCUAAAAUAGACAAAUGUUUAAAAAAAAAUAUAUGGAGAAUCCAAGCUGCAACCUGGGAAUCCGGAUGAAAACCACUUUAUUUUUUAUUUUUAUUUUUUUUUGCAGAUGGAAAACCAUGACUGCAGUGACUUUUUCUUUUCUUUUAAUUUAUGACUCCAGUGCAGUGCUGGUUAGCUGUCUGGUGUCUGUGGUGAAAAUUUGCACUAAGUUAUGUUCCGAGCCUCACACACUGAGUUUGUUUUUUCUUAAAUGUACAGUGACAAAAAAAAAAAAAAAUCAAUGCUUUUAAUGAUUUGUCCUGGCAUGCUAAGAGAAAUGAAAUGCUGCUGAAAGCAUCGUGGCGGACCAUGGUGGGGCAGGGCAGAGUUUUUACAGAGAUUGAUGCAACUAAUGUCCAGCAAGGGUUACAGGAUUUAGGGACAACGUCAAAGAAACAGUGUUCAAACAAGACAUUUUCUAACAACGUAUGGUUUACGGUACUUUAAUUUUUUUUUUAUUUGUCUCCAUCAUCAUGCACCAACGCACAAUUCCGUUUUCCACCUUCAAUAAUGAAAAAUGACCAUUUGUGUUAUGGGCCUUUUUAUUUAAAACUUUUCUUUUUUGUUUUAAAUGUUAAGAUUUCAUGCAUCACGGUGGUGCCUCCAAGUGUGUUAAAAGGUGCACUCCUCACCCACUUCAAGUGCUUUAUAAAUUAAGUCAGUUUACUUAAAACUAAUGAAAAAAUGGCAACUUAAAGUUUAAGAAUGGCUUGUCUGCAUUCAUCACCAUACUGGUCAAUUCUGCUGUGCAUGUCACUGAGCGGAAACCCCAUAAGUCGUCAUUGGGUUCUCUUUAUUGUGGGGCGGCUUCCUGCCUGAAUUUGUUAUCAAUUUGAAAUACCAAAUACUUUGGAAAGUCCUGCUCUUGUGAUUUAUAAAUUAGCUAGCUGAAUAUCCAUGCUUUGCUAUGGGAUAGCAACAGGAAAAAUGUGUUCUAAAACAGAAGUCGCCAACUCCGGUCCUGGAGGACCACCAUUGCUACAGGUUUUCAUUCUAAGCCUUUUCUUAAUGAGUGA